AUGCAGCAAAUAAGCGCCAAUGAUGGCAACAACAAAAACCAACUACAUAAACACGACAACACAUUCGAAACGGAAACGGAUGUAACAGCCGUGGCAAAGUUGAUGCACAACGCAAAGAAUCAUUCGGGAAAACAUAUUGAGGAAGCAGUUGAUGUUGUUGUUUUUGUCGCUGCCAUAGCUGUUGCCACCACUGGCAGUAGGAGCGUUAACGAAGCCGCCACUAACAAGCACACUUGCCUGCAAUGCUUUCACCUUCCGUCACGCAAAGGUAGUUGGAGGCAACGAUUCGAAAAGAUGCCACUCAGAGUGGGAGUUCAUGAGAAGGCGCUGGCGGAUGAAAAAGUUGAAAAAGUUAUCAAGGAGGCAUCCCGUUUAGCGCAGGAUGCGAAUCACGCGCGAGCAAUGCGUGUAGCAACACUUAGCGACCGCACCAACAGCAGCAAUAUCAGCAGACACUGCAACAGCUGCCAAGAUGGACAACAUUGGAAAAUGUCCAGCGCCGGGAUGGCGCGCGCAUAUCAGCAACAAAACACAAUAACAACAACAAUGUCCAUAGUUCGCACCCUCUUCGUCAGCGGUUUGCCAAUGGACGCUAAACCACGCGAACUUUACCUAUUAUUCAGAGCUUAUGAGGGCUACGAAGGAUCUCUUUUGAAGGUGACCAGCAAGAAUGGUAAAACCGCAUCGCCCGUCGGAUUUGUGACAUUUCAUACCAGAGCCGGCGCGGAGGCAGCUAAACAAGAUUUACAGGGUGUACGCUUCGAUCCCGAUAUGCCCCAAACAAUUCGCUUGGAAUUCGCCAAGAGUAACACGAAAGUGAGCAAACCCAAACCACAGCCCAAUACAGCGACAACAGCCUCACAUCCUGCAUUGAUGCACCCACUCACUGGACAUUUGGGUGGCCCGUUCUUUCCAGGCGGACCGGAAUUAUGGCAUCAUCCGUUAGCCUACUCGGCAGCUGCCGCUGAAUUACCCGGUGCUGCUGCAUUGCAGCAUGCAACACUAGUGCACCCAGCUCUCCAUCCGCAGGUGCCGGUACGCUCUUACCUCUGACUAAAUACAGAUAAAGUUAUCGAGCAGCCUAUGCAUCAAACUCAAAUGACCGCAAUGACGCAACAUCAUCAACAAGCCGCUACACUACAUCCAACAGCUAUGCAUAUGUCCGCUGCUGCUGCUGCUGCUGCAGCUGCUGGCCUACCGCCGGGCGCAGCCGCCACUGGCCCACCGGGACCGCCACCAACCGGUCAUACAGCACACCAUCAUUUCUUAUCGAGCCCCGCUCUGGCAAGUCCAGUUGGUUCCUCGAAUAAUCCAACGCAUCCAUCAAAUACACCAUUAGCUGCGAACGCUUCAUGCUCGACACUGUUUGUUGCCAAUUUGGGGCAAUUCGUGUCGGAGCACGAACUCAAAGAGGUGUUCUCCAGUAUGCCUGGCUUUUGUCGCCUCCGAAUGCACACAAAAGGUUCGCACAAUCUCACUUCUACUACUUCUACUACUACUACUACUUCCACCAUCACCAACGCCACCAAUACAAGCACAACUUCUACCACUUCUAAUGCAACAGCAAUAGCAAACUAUCCUGGAGCCGGCAAUAUUAACAACACCAACAACAACAACAGCAACAACAGUAACAUCAGCAGCAAUGCCAGCCACCCGGUUGCGUUUAUUGAGUUCAAAGACACCGUUAGCGCUGCUACAGCAAUGCAACAAUUACAGGGCAAAUAUUUGCUCUCCUCCGAGCGUGGUUCGAUGCGCAUCGAAUUCGCUAAAACCAAAAUGAUCAACGACACUUCAGCUGGCAGUGGCAUCGGCAAGCACAAAAACAGCAACAACCUCAGCAACAAAAAUAUAAUCAACAAUGAUGCAUUGGCCAUGCAGAAGGCAGCCAAUGUCAUGAAUGCCACACAGUUGUUAACUGCAAGCAAUUUAGGCGCUGUUGCACCAGCAGGCACAGCAAUGACGCUUAUCAGCAGUAAUCAGCAACAAAUGCAGCCGCAAUCGCAGCUAAUCAUAUUAAAUGGCUAUCCACAUCAGCACCAGCAGCCGCAGCAGCACCAACAUCAACAGCAACAGCAACAACAGACAGUACACCAGUCACAACAACAGCAACAGCAACAAGCAAUGUUGCAAUCAGCCACUGUAAUUCAGCAGCAUGCCAUGUUGCCGCAACAUUUUCUGGCUGCCAAUGGUGCAACUACAGCAACGGUUGCCUAUCCAGCAGCAGCAGCUACAGCUCUGCCGGCAAUGUCAACGAUGGGCUCUUCGCUGGCGACCAUUUUUACUAGCACCAACAGCACGAACAACACCAGCACCACCAGCACCACUAAUCUAAAUAAUAACAAUAUGAAUAUAAAUAAUAAUAACAAUAACAGUAAUAAUCUUGUGCACAAUCGUUCUACCGCACUACCGCCUACUGUUGUUGUAAACUCACUACAGCACCAACUUCAUCCAACUCAGCACCAAAAUCAUCUCUUUAGAGACAGGAGCGGGUAUGGAAUCAAGGCAUGAUUUACUCAAUAAAAAGGCCGAACGCGACUUGCAACAUCAUCAAUUUCUAAUGACAACACCGAC